ACACUCGUGGAGUAUAUAAUUUUUUCAAAAUUGUAAAAUAGAUAAUUAUCCACCAAAACUGAUUGUGUUUUCAUUAUAUCCAAAUGUAUUCAUAUAUGGAUAGAAUAGGGCUUAUAAAUUUAACGCGAAACUUUUAUAAAACUGCGAAAUCAAUGAGAAGUAAGUCAGAUAUAUCGAUAAACCCUUCUUCGCUUCAGUAUGUAGAAGAUUUAUACUUAGCAUGGCUGAAAGAUCCAAAUAGCGUCCACCCUUCUUGGGCUUUAUAUUUCCAAAGCUCAGCUGCAGGGGGUGUAGGUUACACUCGGAAACAUCCAUCAACCUUCAUAGGUAAGAAUGAAAUGCCCCUCGGUGAGUACCUAAAAAAAUAUGGACAUCCACAAGUUCAUUCCCACUCACUCUCAACACAAAAUCUUGUCGCCCCGGCAUCAUCCUACGACGAAAUUGAAGAUCAUGCUGCAGUGAAGAAUCUUGUGAGCAGCUACCAGCAUCCAAUACGAAAAUUAUGGAGAUUAAUCUGCAGCUGAAAUAGUGGAUAUACAUUUUAGGAUCAAGGCUACCUUGCAGCCGACCUAGAUCCCUUGGGAAUAACUACAAAAAAACGUAAAGAUAAAAUAGAGAAGUGGAAAAUAGACUCUGGCUUCUACAGAAGAGGUCUUGAUAAACCCGAGAAAUUACGUGAAAAAUAUUUGAUCCCGCAUGAUUCAUUCUUGGGACCGGAUAAAAUGCCCCUGAGUGAGAUAAUACAAAGAUGCGAGGAGGUUUAUACUAAUCAUAUCGGUGCGGAAUAUCGCUACAUAAACGAUACUGACAAGAUUAAAUGGAUAAGGCAAAGGUUAGAGCCUCCAGGUGUAGCUGUCUUAACCAAAGAGAAGAAGAUCAAGCUUUGGGAGCGGCUUGUUCGUACGACAGUAUUCGAAGCAUUCUUGGCGAAGAAAUGGUCAUCUGAAAAACGUUUUGGCAUCGAGGGAUGCGAAAUUUUAAUACCAGCCAUGAAAGAAGUGAUCGACCAGUCAACCAAACGCGGUGUGGAGAAUUACAUAAUUGGCAUGUCGCAUAGAGGCAGAUUGAAUACGCUGGUAAAUGUAUGCCGAAAACCACUUCAUCAACUCUUCGCCCAUUUCAUUGGACUUGAAGCAGCAGAAGUCGGAGCUGGCGAUGUCAAGUACCAUCUGGGAACCUUUGCCAAAGUAAUGAAUCGCACUAACAACAAAAUUAUAAACAUCAGUUUGGUAGCGAACGCUUCUCAUUUAGAGCAUGUCAAUCCAGUAUGUCUGGGAAAGUGCAGGGCAGAACAAUUCUUUUUAGGCGAUAGGAAAGGAGACUUGGUGAUGCCCAUCCUGAUACAUGGUGAUUCCUCCUUUUGCGGUCAAGGUAUAGUCUUCGAAUCCAUACAGUUGUCAGACUUGCCUCAUUUCACCUGCUUUGGUACCACGCAUUUCAUCGUUAAUAAUCAAAUCGGAUUUACUACAGAUCCACGUUUUUAUAGGUCUUCACCCAUGUGCACAGAUGUGGCACGUGUUGUUAACGCACCAAUAUUUCAUGUUAACGCUGACGACCCGGAAGCUGUAUAUAAUGUCUGUAAAGUGGCAGCAGAUUACAGAAAAACCUUCAAGAAAUGCGUGGUGAUAGACUUGGUGUGUUACAGAAGAAAUGGUCACAAUGAAAUUGAUGAACCAUCAUUCACGCAACCUCUUAUGUACCAAAUUAUCAGGUCCAAACCUCCGGUUUUGCAUGAUUAUACCAAGAAGCUUGUAGCAGAAGGUGUUUUAACGAAAGAAAGGGAGAAACAGUACAUGGAAGAAUACGAUCGAAUUCUCGAAGAUGGCUUGGAAGCUUCAAGGAAGGAAACUCACGUCAAAUUGACCCAUUGGUUGGACAGUCCUUGGGUUGGUUUUUUCAAGGGGAAAGACAAAUAUGAAGUUAAAUCGACAGGCGUUAACGAGAAGAUUCUCAAACAUGUUGCGACUGUAUUCUCUUCCCCUCCUGUUCCCGAACUAAAAUUCAAAUUGCACAAAGGUAUCGAUCGAAUCCUCAAGCAGAGAAUGGAAUUUGUGGAGAAACGUAUUACAGAUUGGUCACUGGGAGAGGCUUUAGCAAUUGGGUCAUUACUGGCAGAAGGAAUUCAUGUUCAGUUUACUGGACAGGACGUCGAAAGGGGCACUUUUUCACAUCGGCAUCACGUCCUACAUCAUCAGGAAAUCGAUAAAGUAACAUACAAUGCCCUACAGAAUUUAUUCCCCGACCAAGCGAAGUAUUCCAUUUGCAACAGUUCCUUAUCCGAGAACGCUGUGCUUGGCUUUCAGCUUGGCUAUUCAACGCACAACCCGAAAUGUUUGGUGAUUUGGGAAGCUCAAUUUGGCGAUUUUGCGAACACUGCUCAAGCGAUCAUAGACACUUUUGUAACGUCCGGUCAAACUAAAUGGUAUCGACAAUCAGGCUUGCUGAUGCUCCUUCCACAUGGCUUCGAAGGUAUGGGUCCUGAACACUCAAGCGGUCGUAUAGAACGCUUUUUGGAACUUUGCGAUGACGAUCCAGACAGGACUCCCAAAAUCGAUGAUCCGCAAUUCGACAUCAAGCAUCUGUACGACACAAACGUGAUCCUAGCCAACGUGACAACGCCAGGGAACCUUUUUCACAUGUGGAGGCGACAGGUGUAUCUGAAUUUCCGCAAGCCGUGCGUGAUUUUCACGCCCAAAUUCCUCCUGAGACAUCCUGGAGCUAGAAGCAGUUUCGACGAGAUGGUCGAGGGUACUUUCUUUCAACCGGUAUACCCGGACAAAGUAGUCACCUCCGGUGCGAAGAGGCUGAUAUUCUGUUCGGGCAAGGUUUACUUCGAGCUGGAGGAGGAGAGAGCCAAGAGGAAUUUGGUGAAGGAUAUUGCUCUGGUACGGAUAGAGCAGUUUUGUCCCUUUCCAUACGUCUCAGUCAAGAAAGAGUUGGAGAAAUAUCCAGAUGCUCAGAUAGCUUGGGUACAGGAAGAACACAAAUUCCAGGGUGCAUGGGCUUAUGUUGCAUACAGAAUAAAUCAUUUGCUAAAAAAACAGAAAGAUGUUCUUUAUAUUGGAAGACCAGUUUCAGCUAGUACUGCCGCAGGAAACAAGAACUUGCAUACUAAAGAACAUGAAAAUUUUAUAGCUGAAGCUAUGAAAAUUUAGGAAUUCACCCAAGAAUGAAAACACAUUUUUCGAAUUCUGAAUAUGAUGAAUUAUUCCAUCUAAUGUCUGAUGCCCUCUUAUGUGCAUAGAAAAUACAUACUUAAAACCUACCUCAACAAUUGCAUUUUAUUGUUCUUUAUGCACAUUCUAAUUCAAACACAUAUACAAUAUACAAAUGUUGAGAAAUUCAACAAGGUUAUCAUAUUUCAAAUAUUUCAACACAAUUAAAUAAAGAUAUUCA